CAAUUUCUGUCAAAAUAUUUUUCGAUCUCGAGCUGUAAGAAAAUAACUGCUUAUUGAUUUUAUACUGCAACAAUGGCAGCAAAGCAAGCAAUACAAGUCGGCACAAAAACUGUGAGGCCAGUCCUUUCACUCAACCAUGGGGAAGCCAAAGCGAGAGUUUUAAACUUGUAUAAAGCAUGGUAUCGUCAAAUUCCUUACGUAGUUAAAGAAUUUGACAUGCCAAAAUCUGAAGAUCAAUGCCGUGCGAAGCUAAAAGAGUUGUUUUUGAACAAUAAACAUGUUACUGAUGUCAGAGUCAUUGACAUGCUAGUAAUCAAGGGACAAAUGGAACUUAAAGAAACAGUAAACAUGUGGAAACAAAAAGGACAUAUUAUGGCCUAUUUUAAACCGACGGAGGAACCAAAACCCAAAGAUUUCCUUUCCAAGUUCUUUUCUAGUAAUGAAUAAAUAAAAAUCAACAAUUGAAUAGCUUAAUCUGUACAAUGAUAUAGUAAUAAACCAAAUGUUUUAUGUUAA